UCACGCGUUUCUUUCUUUUCCUGUGACCGCGCACAAGGGAGAUAGAGCUUCUUCUCCCCGUCGAGCUCGAGCUCCCGGUGGCGCGCCGCCGAGCCCCUUUCCCACGCUCGCCCUGUCCGUUCCCCCCUCCACGCCUGCAGGGCGCUUGCGUCGGCACUCUCUGGUCCUCGCGCCGCCUCCUGGAGUCGGUCAUCGUUCGGCUGCCGCCCAGAAGCUCUCCACCGCCGGCGUCGUCGAUGCCCUCCACCUCGGGCGCUCCUCCUGCAACAGCUGUUAUAGAAGAAAGGGAGAAAGAAGGUAGUUUUGAGAUGGAGUCCUUCUUAAUUGAUGAUUUCCAUGGCAUUGAUGAUGAGCCUUUAGCAAUUGUAGAAGCUCCUAUUCGACAUGAUCAGCAACUAGCUGCUAUUGAUUGGGACACACUACAUAUUUUUGAUAGUACAGAUGAAGAAGGAAGGAUAGAAAUAGUUGAUGAUAACCAAAUGUAUGUGCUAUUGGGGCUAAGAGAUGAGGAUGACGCUGCCGAGAAGGGUAGUGAAACUUCUGAACAGGCAGAUAGUGCACGUGCUGCUAGUGGCAAUGUCUCCUUUGUCGACAAUGACACUCUUGGUGCAGCCAUCCCUGUUAAUGAUGACAUACCAGGGGAAAGGGUGGUGGUGCAUGAUCCGGAUAAUCCUUGUAUGGAUAUUGGAACUGUGUACCCGAGCAUGCGUGAAUUUAGGUUGGCUAUGAGACAGUUUGCUAUAAAUGAAGAGUUUGAGUUGCAAAUCGUGAAAACCGACCCGAGUCGAUUUAUUGGUGAUUGCAAAGGGGAGGAUUGCCCUUGGCAUAUCGUGGGUCGUAGGCAACCCGAUGGGAAGACUGUUAUGGUGACAGUGUUACUUGAUGAACACAGUUGUACCUCCAGUGCUAGAAGAAAGACCACUACACCUACUAGUGCCUGGGUGGCAUCAAAGGCUGUCCAUCUGUUAAAGAAUUCAACCAUGGGAACUAAAGAUUUGAGGAUUAGGUUGGAAGAAAAAUACAAGUGUGAAAUACCUUAUGACACUGUUUGGAAGGGAAGACAAUUGGCACUGAAAGAGUUGCAUGGUAGUUGGGAAGAAAGCUUUCAGAUGCUAUUCAAUUGGAGAGCAGAGGUUUUGAGUCGGUCUCCAGGGAGUAUCAUUGAGGUAGACAUUAAAGAGGUGGAUGGCAAGGUAUAUUUUCAUAGGUUUUUUUGUGCAUUGGGUCCUUGCAUUGAAGGUUUUUUAGAGGGUUGUAGGCCAUAUCUAAGUAUAGACUCUACAGCACUUAAUGGUAGGUGGAAUGGGCAUAUGGCUGCGGCAACUGCUAUAGAUGGCCACAAUUGGAUGUACCCAGUAGCCUUUGGAUUCAUAGACGGUGAAACUGAAGACAAUUGGGUAUGGUUCAUGAGCCAAAUGAAAAGGGCUAUAGGAGAUCUCCCUUUGCUUGCUGUGUGCACAGAUGCAUGUAAAGGACUAGAAAAGGCAGUUAAGCAUGUUUUCCCUCAUGCUGAACAAAGAGAAUGCUUUAGACAUCUCAUGCAAAAUUUUGUAAAAAGGUUUGGUGGUGACAUCUUCUCCAAUAUGUACCCUGCAGCUAGAGCUUAUAGGCCAGGAGUCAGCCAAUACUUUUACAAUCAAGUUGUGGAAGCUUCAGAGGAUGCAAAGAAGUGGCUAGACAUGUACCAUAAGUUGAAGUGGAAAAGGAGUGAGUUUAACCCCGCCAUUAAGUGUGAUUAUAUCACCAACAACCUAGCUGAAGUUUUCAACAACUGGGUUAAAGAUUGGAAGGACCUUCCAGUUGUUGAGCUUGCAGACAAGUGUAGAGAGCUGAUAAUGAUUUUGUGGCAGAAAAGAAGAAGGAUUGCAGACAAGUUGAAUGGAAAAGUCUUACCUGCAGUUAUACAACAGUUGAAGGUAAAGACUAGAGGACUAGGUCACUUGACAGUUACAAAGGCUAGUUAUUUCUCUGCACAAGUGGAUGACAGCACAAAUACUCAUAAUAGGCAUGUCGUUAAAUCCUAUUUACAUGAAUGUACAUGUCUUGAAUGGCAGCACACUGGCAAGCCUUGCCAGCAUGCACUGGCGUUGAUUACAGCACAAGAUAGUGUGGAUGUGGAGUUGGAGGAUUUUGUGCAUGAUUUUUAUUCGGUUCAGAGGUUCAAGAAUGCAUACAAGAGAAUUAUUGAGCCACUGCCAGAUAAGACCCAGUGGCCACAUGUGGACCUACCAUUUGUUGUUGGCGCCCCACUGGACAAGAGAGGUAGAGGAAGGUACAAAAAACUCAGAAUCAAGAGUUGCCUUGAAGGUGGGAAUAGCAAGGGCAAAAAGGUUGCUGCAGAAAAAGGAAAAGAGGCUGACAGAGAGGCAGCUAAUGAAGUUGACGUGCAGGCUGAAAACCAAUCUGAAAAAAGCAAGAAGAAGAUGAUAAGAGGGAAGAGAAGGUGCAAAAAAUGUGGAGAAUUAGGCCAUGGUGAAACCAGCUACAAGUGCCCAUUAAAUGGAACGAAGAAAAGGAAGAGAAAGCCUCGAAAAAACACAACUAAGUAUGGGGAGAAUGCCAAAGUGCCAACACAAAAGAAGUCAAAAGGAGGUGAGGGAGGUACUACUGCCCAUGGAAGGGAGGAAUGUGUUGUUGUCCAAGAAAUGGAGAUUGUUGCUGUUGUUCAAGUCAUGGAGCAAGGUGAUGCUGCUGUUGUUCAAAACCCAACUAAGCCUACAAUGGAAACAAUUAUAAAUGACAGCCCAAUUAGGGUCACCAGAAGUCGACUUGCAAUGCUAUUGGCAGAUGGUACAACUUCACAGGAAGGUCUGCCAUCAGCAUCAUUCUCAAACAAGAUGACACCUCCUAAGAAGUUGACACCUAGGAAACUGAGAUGCUGAUUUGUGAAAUCAGCUAGUAUUUGUUAGUACCAUGUAUCUGAGAUGUGAACUCACCUACUAUUAGUAGCAUGUAUCUGAGAAGUGAACUCAGCUUUUAUGUAUCUGUGAAAAUUUGAUAUGGCUGCUAGCCUUUAUGUACCUGAGAACUCCGCCUUUAUGAACAUCAACGUUGUGCUCAAAUUGAGAUGGAUGCUUGCCUUGAUGUGAA